AUGAUAGAAGUUUCUGUAGAAGCCAUCGCAUCCCUUGCUCAGUACUACGACCAGUUGAUCAGAUGCUUCACAUUUGGGGACUUUCAGUUGGUACCAACCAUAGAAGAGUUUGAAGGGAUCUUGGGAUGCCCGCUGGGAAGAAGGAAGCCGUAUCUAUUUUUCGGAUUCUACCCCUCCAUGGAAAUAGUAGCAAAAGUGGUCAAGAUCUCGGCACAAGAGUUAGACCGACUGAAGCAAAAAAUGAGUGGAGUGGUAGGGAUACCAAGGCAGCACUUGGAGGAAAAGGCCAAAUCUUUGGCAGAUCAAGAAGAGUGGACUUCAUUCAUGGAUAUAUUAGCGCUUCUGGUAUUUGGGAUUGUACUCCUUCCAAAUGUAGAUGGGCUAGUAGAUUUAGCAGCGAUUGAUACUUUUCUUGCUUAUCACCACAACAAGGAAAGCCCGGUCAUUGCUAUUUUGGCUAAUGCCUAUGACACAUUUGACCUGAGAUGCCAAAAGAGCAGUGUGAGAAUUGUCUGUUGUACACCCGCUCUUUAUGUAUUGUUGGUCUCCCAUGUUUUUUGUCAUGAAGGUAGACCUGUUUGUCCCCUACAAGGUCAUCGCAUGUGUGCCGAAAAGGGAAAAGCAAAUUGGGAGGAACUCUUGGCAGGUAUGGUAGGAGCAUCCGUUAGUUGGUUCCCCCAAUGGAAAGAAGGAUGGGCCAGAGUUUUGUAUUUAUGUGAAGGAUUCCCGAAUGUCCCCUUGAUGAGAACAAGGGGUUGUAUUAAUUAUAAUCCCAUACUGGCCAUCAGACAACUAGGUUACCCUAUGAGAGGGGCACUGUCGGAAGAGAUCAUCACGCCUUUCGUCGCACGGGGUUUCAGUGAAGGCAAUGCAAAAAUGCUCCAAAGAAUAUGA